AUGACGUCUUGGCACCGCUUCCCCACAGAGAUUCGUCUCACCAUCUUGGAAUUCUUAUUACUACAAGACGGUUGUAGCUUGGCUACUUUCACUACAGUAUCACGAGAGUGGCAGACAACCAUCGAGCGGCAUACCUUCUCCCGGAUAAAGCUGACGUCGUCCCGCGUCGCCGAUUUUGCCUCGAUAGUUCAUCGCAACAGGCAUCUCGUGCGCUACAUUUGGCUUUGCUUGGAACUCCAAGAAUACAACUGCACCGGAUGCGAACCUCGAGAUCCAGAGUUGUGGACCCUAAGCCACGCGGAAAAUGUCUUAAUCACAGCUGCGUUCCAAGAUCUCUUCUCAGCACUUAGCGUGUGGGAACAAUCGGCAGAUAGUAGCUUACUGCUAGAUAUCAGUGUCUACUCGCCCAGCGACUCAGAGCAUUGCUUCAAAUAUCUGACCUUUGAGCCUGAUGUCACUUCCUACAUGCGCUGGCGGGAUCAAUCCGUAGCGCAGUCGAUGCUGGUCAAAGCUACUACCGAUCACCGCCAUGGAUGGGUUGCUGGUAUUCGAACUUCCAUUCCCGACUCUCACGCUAUCGACAGAGUCUUUGGGGAGAUCAUGAGCGAGGGACCGUUUGAUGACGAAGAAGAAGAGGGCCAGUGGUGGCAGCAACUGCCAUUAGUCCCAGCAGUAACAGGUGUGCUCCUCCGUCAACAGACCCGGCGACGAUGGAAGCCGGCCGCAUUGGCACAUAUGUUUUCCCGUCUGCCUGGGCUCCAGGAAAUCCAAUACGAACCUUGGAGAGAAUGGGCCGGUGUUCAACAGCGGUGGACGGACAAAUCCUUUCAACUUCUUCUUGAAUCUCUCUCUACCGAUCGACUACGGAGGCUUGUGCUCUUCGAGAAUUUCGACCAAACGUACCCAGCUAGCUACAUGAAUCUGGGCUGUGACCCUAAACGAAUACCAUCCUCUCAUGUCAGCCGAGCAGUUGCCAACGCCAGUCUCAAGCUCGAGCACCUCUCGGCGUCAUUCAUAGUAAAAGCCAGCCAUUUCUUCGCUGCUCGAGAACUUUCCUGGACGUGGCCCAAUUUAACCUGGCUUGCGCUGACGUCACGACUGCUCGUGCCACAAGGGGGGAGCCAGACGGAGUUGGAUGACAUGCUCCAGUCAGCAGCAGUAGCGGCUAUGGAAAUGCCGAAUCUUGAAACGAUGGAAUUAUGGAACGGAGAAAAGGGAUUGGCGAUGCUCUUCAGGUACCAGCGCGCUGAGCAAGGGCAAGGACAACUUGCUGUAAUAACCUGCAGAGGUACAUGGGAAUUGACCUUGCGCCCUGUCGUGCUCCAGGCUUGGGACGCCGUAGCAUUGAGGCAUCGCGGUCAAGGACAUAUCGUUGUCAAGGAGUUGCUUGAUGCCGGCGUUCGUGUCAUGUCUCAUGGCGAUGCCAUAGGCCAUUUGAAACUGUCGAGGCCGGUCAUUCGCCCUGUCUCAUUGCGGCAGAUUCAGAUGGAGCACAUGAUUCGCGAAGGAUUGCAAAACUAA